AUGCCUAUCGACUUCCUGCCCGCCCACCCUGCCCACUCGCGCUCCAACUCCUUCUCCUCGUCCUCGUCGCACAACCCGGGCUCGCGCCCUCAGUCUUCUCAGGGGGGCGUGCUGCGAACCUCGGGGAUCAUACCGCCCACCGCCGAAGACCUCUAUCGCGCAUCCUAUCACCCGCUUGGCCGCCCCCACUCCCUCCCCACCGAGCGCGCCCGCCACUCCUCCGGCGCCUCCUUUUCUUCUGCGUACUCGCUCUCCUCGACCGACUUGGCCUCCCCCGGCGAUUCCCCCCCUAAUCACAACAUCACCAACCCCGCGCUCAAGGGCCCUCUUCGUCCCACGCACAUCAGGGGGCUCGUCAGGCCCUCGCCAUACCCGCGUGACACCGAGAGCGUGCACUCGUCCUCGAGCGAGACCGAGGACCUUUCUAUGUUCCUCGGCUCUUCGGCUGCCGACUACAACUCCAUCUACGGCGGAGCAGCAGUAUCGCACGCGAGUCCAGAGACGAUGAGCACCGCAGGCGCGCUGGGCAGGAUGACGAUCAGCCCUGACCAUGCAUUAGAGAAGCUGGCGGCCAAUGUCCGUGCUGCCACCACGACGAGCGCUUCAGACAGGGCAAAGCAGAUUUUUGUGCAGGCUUGGCUCACUGCCAACUAUGCGCCGUACCCAGACGGCAACGUACCGCGUCAAGGGCUGUACUGUUCUUAUCAAAGGGUCUGCGACCAAUACGGGAUACCUCACAUCAACACUGCGACACUUGGCAAAGCUAUCAGGCUUUGCUUCCCGACAAUUAAAACGCGCCGGUUAGGGGUCAGAGGGAACAGUAAAUAUCACUAUUGCGGGAUACGCCCGGCCACCUCGGCAGAAGCCGAAUUCUUGCAAGACUUUGUGCGCAAGUCAAAUAAUAACGCGGCGCAGUCGUCUAUCAAUGCUGCAAGGCUGGCGAACGAGCACUCAUCUCACAAGAGCGAGGAGAGGUCGGACGAAGAUGAUGAUGACGAGUCCGAGCCACCAGCCUCGGCUCGGGCGUCUAAACGGAAUUCCUUGAACCUCAGUUUGAAGGAGCCUUCGCAGUAUCCCGAGGAUAUCAGCACGGAGAAGACCCCUACGGUCAACAACUUGCUGGCUCAGGCGCAAGCGUCGCAAAGGCCCGCGUCCUCCACUUUCCCGGCUAUCCGUCGACAUGCCCAGGGCGACGUCAAUCGUCUAUCACACUCGCCUCCUGCUGGCAGCACCGUAGCGCCCUCUUCUUAUCUGGCGACGCAGCAGCCCAUUUCUGUUCGGCACAUGCCUCAUUUCCCUUCCAUUGAGGAAGCGGUCGGUUCAAACUCGACUUCCCCUCAAGGUGUUGCUGCGCGUGAAGUCUGGGUGUGGUUCCAAGAUCAUCUGGAUUCACUUCUGGAGUGCGUCCGAUCGUUCAGAUUUGAUCAGUUCGAGAUGCAUCUGCGAUCGUUCUGGUCAAGCCUGACGGGUAACCAUCGGGAGGUUGUCCACGCUCCGGCUGUUGCUGGGCUGAUGGCAAAGGCUGAUGCCAUCGUGUAUGAUGAAAUCCUGGAGAUACUCCGUUCGCAAAUGUUGUCCCCUAUACCGACGACUUCUUUGACCAGUCUUCGUCAGCUCGCUGACAAGAUGGAGAAGAUCCUACUUGUCGCCCUCGAGGGAUACGGUAACACAUUUGUUGAGCCAAAGGUGGAGUUAGGCGCGCGCUUUGGUCACCUAGUCUUGCGGUUCCUUGAUAUCUAUCAAGUUACUCAAGCUCUGAACACUGUUCUCACUAAUCAGAAACAGUUGAACGAGAUGCGUCGCUCGUGGCAGAAGAUUGAUUUCGAGUCCGUACGCAACCAAUCGGCGCUGGUGUGUAACUGCCGCCAUGAAGACCUUGUCCAAUUAUUGGAGGUUGAGUUCGUCGCCGUGAUGGACUCCUUAUCCAAGAGUCAGGAGCCUGUGCGGGACGUUAUGGCAUGGGCUGAUAAAUGCUGCGAAAGAUUGAUGGGCUCUGGGCGUGUCAGCAGUUCUGAUGACAGGAGCACCAUGAGCUCAAGAAGUGUUCUCAUCCGUUGGGGCUACGUAACAAGCCAAGUCAUGAGGGAUUUGACUAUCCGUAGCGAUCCUUCAUUUGGGGCAUUCCAAAUCUUGAAGCUAUUCCUUGAUGACUGGAUCAGCGUGAACGUGCUCAGGAGUGUCGCCCUGUCCACGAACUCUGUGGCAGCAUCGGUCGAGCCAGUUAUGCAGCAACCAUACUUCUCCCUCUCCCCUAUGGCGGGUCAGGAGAGCUUUGGUUCCAGCCUCGACGUCCGACCGACUCAUCAUGUUAUUACGCCCACGACCUCGAGCAUGCUCGCCGCCUUGCAGCAGGAUCCAUUUCCCGCUGGGACACUGGAUCCGUCGUCAACGGCGUUCGGUUCUGAUGCUUAUGGUUCCUUGUCCUACUUGGACGCCUCCACACCUCACGACGACGGUAUGCCUGCCGUGCACCAGCCGGGGCUGUCGUUCGCCGACUACGGUUCUACGAACUCAUUUGAUGUCGCUGCCUUCGCCCCCCAAGAUUUAGGAAUGACCCCUUCUGUCGAAUCCGCUCACAGCGAGUCUGAGCAUGAAGUGGACCCUGUCAAGUCAGAACCGUCAGCAUGA